ACCACACAUACCACAGUCACAAUGCGAUACCACCACCCCCCCUUCUCGACCCUCCUCCUCCUCGUCGCCCAAAUUCUCGCAUCCCCCACCCCCUCCUCCCCUUCCGAAGACUCCUCCUCCCCCCUUCCUCUAAUCAUCUGGCACGGCCUGGGCGACAACUACGCCUCCCCAGGCCUCACCUCAAUCGGCGCCCUCGCCGAAAAGACCAACCCAGGCACCUUCACCUACUACAUCCGCAUCGACCCAGACCCAGACACAGACCAACGCUCUUCCUUCCUAGGCGACCUAAACGCGCACCUCUCCACCGUCUGCGCCGACCUGGCCGCGCACCCGAUCCUCUCCACGGCCCCCGCCGUCAACGCCCUGGGCUUCUCCCAAGGCGGCCAAUUCCUCCGCGCCUUCGUCGAGCGAUGCAACGUGCCCCCCGUGCGCAACCUCGUCACCUACGGCAGCCAGCACAACGGGAUCCACGCGUACCAGGCGUGUGGACCCCGCGACUUCGUCUGCAAGGCGUGGAUCGCCCUGCUGCGCGGUAACACGUGGAGUCCCUACGUGCAGACGCACGUGGUGCCCGCGCAGUACUUCCGGUCGACGGACGAGCGCACGGGCGAGGCGUCGGACGAGUACCUGGAGAAUUCGAAUUUCCUCGCCGACGUGAAUAAUGAGCGGCCCGGGCAGAGGAACGAGACGUAUAGGCGGAAUCUGGCGAGUUUGGAGAAUUUCGUCAUGGUUGUGUUCGAGGACGAUGAGACGGUUAUUCCCAAGGAGAGUGGGUGGUUUGCGCAGGUCAAUGUUUCGAGUGGGGAGGUGACGCCGUUGAGGGAGCGGAGGUUGUACGAAGAGGAUUGGUUGGGGUUGAGGGAGCUGGAUGAGAGGGGUGGGUUGGUGUUUAGGACGGUCAAGGGGGGACAUAUGGAGUUGGAUGAGGAGGAUUUGGAGGACGUGUUUAGGACGUAUUUUGGGCCUGUCGAGAUGGGUUCGACGGGGAGGACAAAGAAGGUGGUGGGCAGUGUGCAGGGAGUGUUUGAGCUGUAAUGGGAGUUGGGUUGGAUGGCGUUCAUGGUCAGGCAAGAGACGGGGUUGAAACUUGAGAAUGCGCGUGCGCACCUUGAGUUACUUGGGACGGAUACCACAGACGUUUUGUUUUAUACAUUUGCAAACUUUUUGUAUCAUGACCUGCAAAACAGCCUUGGCC